AUGCCAUCUCCAGAGAAAGCAGCCAAAAAGAAGAUUUACUUUGAGCGUCUUGCUGAAUAUGCUACCUCUUAUCCAAGAAUCUUAGUGGCUAAUGCUGACCAUGUAGGGUCGAAGCAAAUGGCUGAUAUACGCCUGGCCUUGAGAGGGAAGGCAGCAAUUUUGAUGGGCAAGAAUACAAUGAUUCGCACUGCGCUGAAGCAGAUGCUAACAUCCCAUCCUGAAAUUGAGAAGUUAAUUGAUUUAAUUCGUCUCAAUAUUGGCCUAAUAUUUUGCAUAGAUGAGCCAUCAGAAGUCCGCAAGGUAAUUAGUGAGUACCAAGUGCCAGCUCCUGCUCGUCAAGGUGUCAUAGCACCUUGUGAUGUAACUGUACCUGCAGGUGCUACGGGACUUGAUCCAUCUCAAACAUCUUUUUUCCAAGCUUUAGGUAUUGCAACUAAGAUUGUGAAGGGUCAAGUAGAGAUUCAGUCAGAUGUGCACUUAAUUGAAGAGGGAAAAAAAGUCACAGCUUCUCAGGCUGUCUUGCUUCAGAAACUUAAUAUUAAACCUUUUUCAUAUGGGCUGAAAAUCAAUAGUAUUUAUGAUCAUGGAAGUGUCUAUAGUUCAAGUGUAUUAGAUAUCACCCCAGAAGACUUAAUAUCUAGAGUUACAGAAGCUACAAAGUAUAUUGCUGCACUGUCAAAAGAGACAGGUGUCCCAACAUUACCAUCUGCUCGUGAUGGGAUUAUUUCUGCAUUUAGACACUGCGUGGCUCUUGGUAUUGAGGCUGGGUUUGAUUUUCCCCAGUUGCAAACAAUUAAGGAUGCUCUAGCAAAUCCACAGCAACAUAAUGUAGCUGUUACAUCAAAUGCUUCUGUCCCAUCUGCAGCUACUGUAGUAGAGGAAGAAGAGGAAGAAGAGGAAGAUCUAGGUUUUUCACUUUUUGACUAA